AUGAACUAUCAGAAAUCGACACCCAUUGCCAAGAUGAAGUUCUACGGAAUCGCCUGCCUGCUGAUGGCCAUAAUCGGUUGCCUGCUCGCUCCCAGCUUGGCCUCCCCUCCACGCGCACCUCAACGUCCUAUAAUAUACGAUUCACCGAUCCCGAGGCCUCCAAAUCAGCCCAGGACCAUGUACGCUUAGUUUAGUUUAACAACAACAAAAAAAAAUGGAAAGUCGGUGUUUUUCAAUUCUUAUCAAUAUUAGGAACCAAACCAAUAACUAAUCAGCUAUGUAUGCUUUUAAAAGGAAAAUUUAUUGUAAGCUAUUUCGAUUAGGAAAGGUUAAUAAAAAUGUUUGAAAUAAGAAA